CUUUGGUUUAAUUUAGUGAUGAAUAUUAUGAAGUCGUGCGCCGUGUGUAACGAGCAAUUCAAUGACGGAGUUCAGUGCGGGAGCUGCAAAAACCAUUUGGACUUUAAAUGUGCGAGUAUCUCGGAGUCGGGCUGGAGAAGAUUGGGUAUUGAUAGAAGGGCUCAGUGGAAGUGCUCCGCUUGCAGAAUGGGAUCACCGUCAGUGUCCACGCUCUCCCCGGAACCGGCUGCAUCGCUGGAUACUAUUCUCAGAGAGAUUCGUGACAUGAAGCUUCAACUAGCUGGUUUGCCGACUUUGAUUGAGGAUAUACGGCUGAUUAGGGGCGAGAUUACGGACUUAAAGUUAUCGUUUAACCAGGCGAAUAUUAAAAUUGAUGAAUUUAGCGCCAGAGUCGUUGAACUAGAAUCUAAGGCGUCGAACUUCAUGAAGCUCGAAGAAAAAGUCAUUGCACUGCAGUCUGAUCUAACAAGCAUGAAGCUUGAACUUGCCUCCUAUGAACAACGAUCCCGACUAAAUAAUGUGGAGAUCAAGGGAGUCCCCGUGAAGAAACAGGAAAAUCUGUUCACCAUAGUUGAUGCCAUUGGUCGCAAGAUCAAUUAUAACUGUCAAAAACCCAAAUAAAUUAUAUAUCAUGGGUUCCUAUGUACAAGUCCAAUAAAAAUUAAUCAUCGUAAGUUUCUUGAACAGAUAUGUUAAGGAAGAUUUUAUUGCUGCUGCGCGUGCGGAAAAAGAGCUUUCUACAAAUGACAUAGGUUUGAACGACCCUCAACGACCAUCUGAGUGCUGAAUCCAAAAAGUUCUUGCCAAAGAUAAGCACUAUGAAUUUGUUUGGGUGAAACAUGGAAAAAUUCACAUUCGCAAA